AUGUAUCAUCUGGACUUGUGUAUAAACCUUGAAAACCAAGCCACACAAGUUAUUGCGCCGCUGGGAGCUGCUCGGGGUUUAGGUUAUGGAGUACAUACUAGCCACAACGGACAGAAAGGGGAGCACGGAACAUGGUUUGAAUUUCUAAAAUUUUACGACCCAAGAAACGCAUAUUUAUUUCAUCCCGAUUCACGAUCAGACCCUACCUUGAUCCAAUUCCUUACUUCAAUAAACAAGAAAGACGAUUCGAGGAAAUUAGCUUUGCUUUUGAAUCCCAGCCGUCCUCUGGUUUGCGACUACUCAUACAAAUACCCAAACGAGACAGCUGAGCAGAGACUGGUUCGAAAGACUCUUACACAUGACGAGUACCCAUUCGACUUUUUGAUCCGGUAUAACCCCAAGGACUGGGUCCUUAGAGCAAGAAUCUUCCUGUUUUGCACCAAUUAUUCAGUAUUUUUCCGCUCAACAAAGCCUUUCGAUAUUGCCAUUACCAAAUCCGAGAUAAUCGCCCUUUGUUGCGAGAAGAUUCUCUAUAAAGAUAACACUGAAGCUGCUGUUAGAGUUGAUGCUGUUGACCGCAAUUUCAAGAUAAUAAUUCAUCAAACUCAACUAGGUGAUUCUUGA